CUGAGGCGUGCCCGGAUGUGGCGGCGCCUCGCCAUUGGCCGCGGGGGCGCGGCGCAACGGCAGCAACCCGGAAGCGGGAGGGAGGGCGGACGGCGCGGCCGCCUCCCCGCGGCGGCAGAGUUCGUCGGCGCUGCGGCAGCUUUGAUGGGCGUCGUUAUGCCUGAUCACGCCGACGCCAGCCUCCCGCCGGAGGAGCGAGUGCGAAGCCUCAUCCAGAUGGGCAGCGCGGUGGAGGUGAACGAGGACGUGCCGCCGCGGCGCUACUACCGCUCCGGAGUGGAAAUCCUCCGCAUGGCUACCAUUUACUCGGAGGAAGGCAACAUCGAGCACGCCUUCAUUUUGUACAACAAGUACAUCACGCUCUUCAUAGAGAAGCUGCCCAAGCACCGUGACUACAAAAAUGCUGUCCUACCUGAAAAGAAGGAGACGAUGAAAAAACUGAAAGAAGUAGCGUUCCCCAGAGCUGAAGAGCUCAAGAAGGAGCUGCUAAAGAGGUACGCCAAGGACUAUGCUAAGUACAGCGAGCGGAAGAAGGAGGAGGAAGAGGAAUUUGCACGCAACUUGGCUUUGCAACAGCAGCUGGAAGAGGAGAGGAAUCGGGUAGCCCUAAUGAAGCAGCAGCAGGCAGAGCAAGAGCAGUUUCAUGCCUUUGAGGAGAUGAUUCGACGGCAGGACCUGGAGAAGGAGCGUCUGAGGAUAGUGCAGGAAUUUGGCAAGCCAGAGCCAAGUCCUGAGUCUCUGGAUGGGCCCCUCAUCCCUGGCGUGCAAAAGCCCCCGAGUGAUUUAACCCCAAAGGCUCCUGUCUCUCCAGCUCAGCCUGCAAGUCCGUCUGUGGGGAUUUUUUCAUCCAGACCUCCUGUUGUGGACAGAUCCCUGAAACCUAGUGCUUUGGGGAGCACAGAAAACAAUGCAAGUAUGGAUGUUCUUCGCCAGAUCAUCGUCCCUAGGGAGCUCUGCCAGAAAUUCCUCCAGCUGGCCGAUGCCAACACGGUCCGGGGUGUGGAGACAUGCGGCAUCCUCUGUGGGAAGCUGAUGAGGAAUGAGUUCACGAUAACGCACGUCAUCGUUCCCAAGCAGCAUGGAGGCCCCGAUUAUUGCAACACGGAGAACGAGGAGGAGCUCUUCCUCAUCCAGGAUCAGCACGGCCUUGUUACGCUGGGCUGGAUCCACACUCACCCCACGCAGACGGCCUUCCUCUCCAGCGUGGACCUGCACACGCACUGCUCCUACCAGAUGAUGCUGCCGGAGUCCAUCGCUAUUGUGUGCUCUCCGAAAUACCAGGAGACGGGCUUCUUCAAGCUGACGGAGCACGGCCUGGAGGAGAUCUCUUCCUGCCGGCAGAAAGGUUUCCACCCGCACUCCAAAGACCCCCCCCUCUUCACCACCUGCAACCACGUGGCGGUGAUGGAGAGGGACGUGGUGCUGAUGGAUCUCCGCUAGGCCUCUUGCCUUAACCGUGUUUCCCGUGAACCUUCCGUCUCGGCCUGGGGAAGAUUUGUUUCCUCCCGUAGCAGAUGAUUUCUACCGUGUAGCGACCCUUCCCCUCCCUCCCCCAGUAAUCGCGGUGAAAUCGGUAACCUGACCUCAGUGGGAGCAGGCGAAAUCUCGGUGCCCGGCGUCGGGCUCGCGAAGCGGCGCUGAGGUUCGAGGUGUGGGGAAAAGCUAACUGGCAAUGCAAAGACCGAAUCUAACACUGAAGCAGUCGUGUAACUCUUUAAUCUGGGGCGAGACCAGCUUGGCGGGGAGUUCCCCCGAGCUCCCACCACCCCGAGGCGUGGAAACCUCCUCGAGUGUUUUCCCGAGUGGGACUUGCCCACGUUAACUCCUGCUCUGCUUUGCUGCUCUUUCCUGAUUGCUAAACUGUGCCCUCGGCCCGGCUCGUUGGAGUCGCUGACCUUUGGUGUCCUUUUAAGAUCGAAUCCUUCCUAACCCCCUUGCCCCAUACGGGAACCCUCUUCGCAGCCGCCAGCGUGUCCUGCUGGCUGGUACCUGGGGGAGGUAAGAAGGAGCCCAAGCCUUGUGCUUUCUCCUGCCUUUGGAGACCUGCGUUUGGGGGAGAAGGUGCUCAGACGCGGCCUCGCUUUGCACGAGCUGCUUAAUUGCAGCAACGACGAGGGACGUCCGGUUAUUUCCUUCCCUCGCCAGGCUGGGGGCUUUGCUCCGGGCCGGGCAGCGUGGGGCUGGGGUCGGCUCGUGCCGGCGUUGCGGCGGAGCUCGCCCGGCCUCCUGGGAGGGCUGGAGUUGCCUUUCCGCCCGGGCUACGUAUAUACGCGUUAUGUAUGUGACGGGCUGGUACGUCCACCUGCGCAACGGCGAAGGAAAUUCUCCGGUGUACGGUUUAAUACAGAUGGAUUCUCUUA